AUGGCUGCAAUCUACUCAUUUUCUUCAACAGGCAAGAAUUACAGUAAAUUACCUCCUGACCAAGUUAUAGAAAUGACUAUGAAUAAACAGUCAAAAAAUCGAAGAACUGGUGGUUGGGUAGAAUUUUCCAAGAAUCUGUCUAUGAUUGCCAUUAGCAUACUAAGUAGGCCUUUCGUGUUGUACAUUAGGCAACAACUACAAGAAACUAUAUGUUUGAAAAAACCUCUUUACCGUCACCCAGAGUUAGGCCCAUCGAGAUUGAAAAAAGAUGUCGAGGUUACUAGUUCUGUAAAAGUUGCACUUGAGGAAUGGGAUGCAGACCCUUGGGAUCUUACCAGACCAAUCCUCUGCACUGGUCAGCCAGCAACAACUGGAGUACUAAAUAGUUUGCGCACAGACCAUGAAGAUGGUAAUUCAAUGAGUGAGACGUUUGCUACAAAAACUGUACCUAAUAAACCAAAACAACAACUAAGAAAAUCAGUUAAUCAUGCUGGAACAAAGCAGGUCGUCGAUCUGUUGACCACUGGACAAAAUUCCACAAUGACGCUCGAAGAUUAA